GUAAUGCGACGUAUAUAUGAAUGUCAAAAUCACGUCUUACAAACAUUUGCUUCACCGUAGAACGCAAAGAACUUGUCGUCUGCACGGUGGUCUGUUGAGUGCCAUUCACAAUUAAAUUGAUUUUUAAGCUGACAGCUUCAUUGUUGCGAUUACUGAAAUUUAAGAUCAAACUAAAGCACCAUUCGGAGGAAAAUGUCAAAAAUCGAAGAAGGAAACGCUCAUAUACGGCAAGCUGAGAAAAGCUUAAAAACAUCACUGUUAAAAUGGAGACCCGAUUUCGAAGUCGCGGCUGACGAAUAUACGAGUGCAGCAACCUGCUUUAGAAUAGCAAAGAACUAUCAACAGUGUAGGAACUGUUUGAUGAAAGCUUCUGAUUGUUAUAAAGAGAAUAGAUCAUGGUUUCAUGCAGGAAAGAGCAUCGAACAGGCAGUGUUGAUUUGCAAAGAAAUGGGAAACCUUGCAGAUGUGCCAAAGUUGGCACACAGUUCGUGUUCUCUGUACCAGAUGCACGGAUCACCUGAGUCAGGUGCAUCUGUACUUGACAAAGCAGGAAAGAUGAUGGAGGCUACUCAACCCCAAGAGGCAUUAGAAUUAUUUAAACGUGCUGCUAAUAUUGUUAUGGGUGAAGAUAGCCCACGUCAAGCAGCAGAAUAUAUGAGCAAAGUAGCAAGAUUAUUAGUAAAACUACAAAUGUAUGAUGAAGCAGCUGAUGCUAUUCGCAGAGAAAUUGGAAUGCAUCAACAGAUAGAUCAUGUACCUUCUGUGGGAAGAUUAACAGUGGCAUUGGUAUUAGUACAGUUAGCUCGAGGUGAUCAAGUGGCAGCUGAGAAAGCUUUCAAAGAAUGGGGAAAUUACUGUGAAGCACCUGAGAUUCAAACAUUAGAAAUGUUACUACAAGCUUAUGAUAACGAGGAUGCAGAUGCAGCUAAAGCAGCUUUAAAUAAUGCUUUUAUUAAACAUAUGGAUGUUGAAUAUGCUAAACUUGCUAGACUUAUACCUCUACCACAACAAGAAUAUGCUGUACAACCACCAGGAAUAAGAGCAAAUGCAGCUGAAUCAUAUACAUCUCCCAAUGCAGCAAAGUCAGUCGAUGAAAGUACAAGCAAAGCACAAAGUACAAGCAACAAAGCAGUUGAAGAACCCACUCAGAAUACAUCAGAAGGUACAGGUGAAAAAGAGGAAGAACCACCAGCAGCACCCCCACAGAAUAAAGUAAAAGAGGAAGAUGACUAUGAAGAAGGGUUAUGUUAAGCAACUAUAUUCAUUACAAGCGGCAUAACUUAUGUCUCGAGACAUGUACGAACUUUAUUUUAUGAGAGGUAUUGUAUCAUGUUAACCGUAAGAUACGUAUUUAAUGCCUAAAAAAUAUUCUUUGCAGGCAUGCUUAUAUAUAUAAUUGUAAAUUUCAACUUGUCAAAUAAUUCAGUGCACUCUUAUCAGCUUGGUAAAGAGAUGUUGGAAUUCUCAAGAAAAGUUAUGCAAAUAAUAUUUUAUUCUUUAAAGUAUGUUCACAAAUGUGAUACUUGUCAGGAAACUUUAAAUUCGUUUAAAACUGCAGAUGUAUAAAAUAUUUUAAACAUAGUUCUUUGUGUAUACUCCAAAUGAACAAAGUGCUAUGACAGGAAGUAAAUGUGUAAUGCAUAUGCAUUUAUGUUUAAUAGAGUUCGCAAGAUCAAUUUUGAAAAUUUAAAUGGUUUGAUAUUGAUAUUUAUUUAUUUAUUUAAUGAGUAACCCCUCUGAUUUAUAUGAUUUCUAAAAUGUUACAUCAGCUUUGUAAAUGUUAUAUUUUCUGAUACUCGUAGAACACCUGCAGUAAAAGUCUAUGAUUGCAAAGCCCCAUGUCAAUAAAGCAUAUGUAUGAAACACAGAUAUUUUAAUAAUCUAAUUUCAUGUCAAUAAAAUAUAAUGUGUAUAAAUAUAUAUGUAACAAAAUAAACUGUUAUUGCAAACUUA